AUGUCUUCUUCCCUCACGUCCGCACCGUUCGCUUCGUCUGCACUCCUCGGCUUCGUCGGCGGUGAUCAGACUGCGACUGCUCUCUACCUCACUCACAUCGCUGGACGUCAGCGGAUCCCGACUCUUGUCAACUCCCCCGGAUCCUACUUCGCCGCCCGCGCUCUCGCCGUCCUCCACAAGGCCCGCGUCUGGGAUGGCCUCCAUCCCGGUGUCAGUGUGGACCCCUGUUCUCUUGCCAGCCCCAGCACUACUCCGGGCCCCAAGUUCAUUGCCAGCGUCUCUGGCACCAUCCUCGACUCGACAGGCCCCAUCGCCCAGGAGCUGCUCGAACACACCAGAUCUCUCUCCGCCCAGACAGUUUCCGGUCGCCGCACCACGCCACUCGCCGUGACCAUCGUCGAACUACCCGACGCCCCCCACUCCGAGCUGCACCCCACCGCCAGAAUAUCCGCUCCAGUCUUCCUCCCCAUACUCGCGAGCGCUGCUGCAGCGACCUUCUGCGGCCUAACCAGCGACUACACCACCCUCGCUGCCAUCGCGUUCGGCAUGCUCUGCAGCGCCGGCGCCUCGCGCGCCCUCCACGCCGGAGACCUCACCUUCACCCGCCCGCUCUCUACCCCCGGCGCGACCGUCGGCGACGGCUACCUCGAGACCGGGAACGAGUUCAUCGUCCUCCGCGGCUCCGAGACCGCCGUCGCCGCCGUCACCCGCGGGCAGAUGACCCUCCGCUUCCGCUCCGAGUGCACCCACCGCUCCCUCGCGUUCGCCGCGCUUCUCCUGGGCACCCAAUGCGUCGCGCAACUCCUCCUCCUCCCGCUCGGCACCCUCCUCGGCCAGCUCGCCUUCCUGCUCGCCACCGCCGCCGCCUGGCUCUACCACGCGCACGUCGCCCGCCAGGCGCCCGCCGCCUGGCGCCGCCUCGUGCUCGAGGACGUGCUCUCCGCGCCGGCGAUGGCCCGCUACAGCGUCGGCACGCGCACCGCCGCCGCGGUCGUGCUCAUGCGCCUCCUCCGCCCCGCGGACGUCGAGGAGCAGCUCGCCCGCCUCCUGCCCAACAACACGCCCGUCUGGAAGCUCUGGCGCGAGACCGUCGCGCAGCGCCUCCGGAGCGGGAAGCCGGCCUUUGUCGGCGCGGACGUGCCCGUGCCCGUGCCCGCGACGUUCGACAUGAACGAGCGGAGGCUGUUCCACACGCUGCUCGCCGACGCGCAGUGCGCGGUGGACGCCUUCAGCGGCUCGUACAAGCUGUGA